AAAUCCGUUUUUUCCCUCUCAUUUAAUUUAAAUGUGGUUAUGUUGACAGUUACCAAACCCCAAUAACUUAGAGAAAUCAAGAACCGUUUCAACUCCUUCACUACAUACAAAUUGUAUCAACUGCAUUACUAUUACAAUUAUAUUACACCCACUCCAACAACUUAAAAACAAAUAAACCAAAGUCAUUAAUUAAAAAAAAAAUCAAACAAAUUUGCUCUACUACUCUUUAAUCCCUCCUUCCUACAAAUACCACCACCCUACCUUACAAUCUUAUUCACUCCAAACAAGAAACAAAAACGAAAAACAAAAACAAAGACAAUAAACAUUAAUCAUAAAUUAUGUCCCGAGCGAACUCGUCGACAGUUUUGGCAGAAGCAGUUUCAUGGUACGCCGCGUUGCUGUUGUCUCUGAUGCUGGUCCUGAGCUACUGCGAGCCCUGCGAUUGCGGAGAAUUCACGACGGCCACGAGUAAUAAUAAUUUGCAUUAUGUUACGGAGAGGGCGUGCGACGAAAUCUACGUUGUGCGCGAGGGCGAGACGCUGCACACCAUUAGCGAAAAGUGCGGCGACCCGUGGAUCGUUGAGGAGAACCCGCAUAUCCACGACCCGGACGAUGUUUUCCCGGGUUUGGUUAUCAAGAUCACGCCUUUCAACAACCGGCCCUAGAGACUAGUACUCGUUAAUUUUCUUCCGGGUUUUCUCUACAAGGAAAUUAGAAGACAAUCUAUAUAUAAUUCGUAUUAAUUAGUGCAUUUUCUUGUAUUUGCGCGCGCGCUCUCUCUCUCGUCACAAAUUAUUUGAGAGUAUUAUUUAUUGUAGUACUUUCGAAACUUCUUCCAAUUUUUUUUU